AUGGUAUCGUCCAGAAGGAUCUUCAAUAUAUCACUUCGUGAUUCGUGGGGUAAUGGGGUUCAUUCAGCCUCACUUUCCGCCCUUGAAACAUCUUUAAACUGUGCUCUUGCAAGAAUUGUUAUGAAUUUCGGUGAUUAUCUUAAAAACUGCUCCUUUAGUUCAGAAGAGUUUGAAUCGCUUCAAACAUUUAUGCAGUUAUGUUCAAUUAACUUGGCCGAUUUUUAUAUUACUUGUGACUACUACGAAAUCAUUCUUGUUAUCACACACUGUCAUGCUGCAAAUUUGCAGGAGUAUCGGAUUAUACUGCCUCUUACAUUAGAGGAAUACAAUCGUGCGCAGUUGUUUGCAGUGGCUGAAACUAGUAAGAAUGAAACUGGUGGAGGUGAUGGUGUUGAGGUGAUAAAGCAAGAACCUUUUACAAGUUCAACGAUACGAUCUGGAGAAACGAUUUAUGGUGUGCAUACGCUGAAAAUGUUUCGCUCAAAAUCUAAAUCACCUUUAUUAUUCCGCAAAAUUUUGCCUGAUAAAGCAUUUACUUUGCUUGAAGAAAGUUGGAACGCUUAUCCGUUUUGCAAAACUGUCAUAACGAAUCCGAAUUACAUGAAGGAGAAUUUUUUUAUAAUUAUUGAAACAAUGCAUAUUGCGGACAAAGGAGAAACGGAAAAUGAUAUAACACCAGAAACCGACCCUCGAAGUUUCAUUUCAGAAAAAACUGGAAGAGGUAAACUGAAUAAAAAUUGGUCAACAACCAAUACACAACCAGUUAUGUGUUGUUAUAAAGUUGUAAAAAUCCACUGCAAAAUUGCUGGAUUACAAGCACCAUUAGAAAAUUUAUGUCAAAAACAAUAUCCACGAUUAUUUAGCAAAUUUAACAGAGAAUUGUUCUGUUGGAUGGACAAAUGGUACGAUCUAACUCUGGAAGACAUAAGAAAAUUGGAAGAAGAAACGAUGGAACAGCUCAAGCAACGAAUCCAAGAAAAUGAGAAGCGUGGUAUCUGCUGUGAUGAAAACAAUCAUUAA